CCUCAGCGUGAUAUUUCAAUUAACAUAAUUAAAAUUAAACCAACGAAAGAAAUCCCUAGAAGCUUAAAGAAAGGGGGGAAAGAUGAGGCCGAUGCCGAUGGAAUUCGUGACGGACCCAGACGACCAAGGUUCAGCCAUGGAAGUCGACGAUGUUGACACACCGGAGAUCUUCGGCGAAGGCGUCAUCGCUUCCGACAACAAGCUCGCCGAUGCCGAUUUCUUCAACAACUUCGAAGACGAUUUUGAUGACUCCGAUAUCAACUAAAAAAACAAAGAAGAAUCGUUUCAAGUACUCAUCUAUCUUUUUUUUCCCUUUUUACUUUCGCUUUUUAGGGUCUGAAAUUUCUUAAAACUUUGUUCAAUUUAGUUUAAUCUGAACUGCACUAUGGAUGCUUAUCUGUAUGCAAAUCAAAAUAGUGUAGUUUAUAAGUAUAAAUCGGUUUAAAUAAAUAUAAUUUUCCUUUUA